AUCCUUUUACUUUGGUCACACUUCUUUCUCCCCUUUAUCUUCUCCAAAUCCGUCUUUUAGUUUCCUUUAACUAUCAUUGUCACCAAGCCUUUUUUAUUCUCAGUGUCUCAAAUUCAGAUCUAUAUCGCAUUGCCUUAGUGUUGGCAGUUUCAUUUUUGAGAUUCGAUGAGUCGCUUCGAUGCUAACCCUUUCGCAGAGGAAGAGGUCAAUCCUUUUUCGGAUCCAGCAGUUAGGAAAGGAUCGGGGCAAUCAAAUUAUGGUGGAGGUGCCUUUUAUACUACUAACCCCGGUAGUGUUCCUUCUGCAACAUCUAGGCUUUCACCCCUUCCUCCUGAACCAUAUGACCGUGGUGCAACUGUAGAUAUUCCUCUUGAUUCUGCCAAGGAUCUAAAAGCAAGAGAAAAGGAACUUAAAGCAAAAGAGGCUGAACUGAAUAAGCGUGAACAGGAAUUGAGAAGGAAAGAGGAUGCAAUAGCACGAGCUGGAAUUGUAAUAGAGGACAAAAAUUGGCCACCGUAUUUUCCUAUUAUCCAUCAUGAUAUUGCAAAUGAAAUACCAGUCCACCUACAAAAGAUUCAGUAUGUUGCUUUCACAACAUUGUUAGGUUUGGUUCUUUGUCUCACUUGGAAUGUGUUAGCUGUUACUACAGCCUGGAUCAAAGGAGAAGGUCCAACAAUUUGGUUUCUUGCCAUUAUAUAUUUCAUAUCUGGGGUCCCUGGUGGCUACGUAAUGUGGUAUCGCCCUCUCUAUCGUGCUAUGAGGACUGAUAGUGCGUUGAAAUUUGGAUGGUUUUUUUUGUUUUACUUGUUGCAUAUUGGCUUUUGCAUCUUUGCUUCAGUUGCUCCCCCAAUUAUUUUCAAGGGGAAAUCCCUUGCAGGUAUUUUGCCUGCGAUUGAUCUCAUUGGCCACAAUGCUUUGGUGGGGAUAUUCUACUUCAUUGGUUUUGGAUUUUUCUGCAUUGAAUCAUUGCUCAGUGUCUGGGUUAUUCAGCAAGUUUACAUGUAUUUCAGAGGUAGCGGUAAAGCUGACGAGAUGAAGCGUGAGGCGGCAAGAAGAACCGUGGCGGCAGCACUCUGAUAAUGAUAAGGAGGCCGUAGCAGAAGAUGGUAUUUGCUUGUGUUGGACUUAGAUCUUGUGAGAUAAGAUACCAUGUACUCAAAUUGCAUCUUCUUCCCAUACCCUUCCUGGCUGACUUACUUGCCUAUUCAUUUUAUUGAUAUGUUGUUUAAAUAUAUACACAUACUGCUGAACGAAGAAGGUUGAGAAAUCAGAUAAAAGUUGGAUACAAUGACAAUCAAAAUUUGUGGUUA